AUGGAUUCCAGUAUUUAUUUCUACAAGUCCAUGCCCAUAGGGACUACCAAAACGGAAGACAGGAAUAUUAUCUUAGUAAAAUACGAAGUACGGCUAUUUUGGUGGUCAUUUCCAUUAAAUCGUAUCUCUGUAACGGUACACACUACUAAACACGAUCACCCUAAAGCGGAGCCAGGUUUGGUUUUAAUGCAGUACACUGGUAUACAGUGUACGGGAUGUGUAGAAUCUAGAGCGAUACUGAGUGAAUAUGGUAUGGUUUGCGUUAUUUGCUUUGGUUCAUCUCCGCAAGCGGAAGUCGGCAGCAACAUUAACCGUGGUAGUUUUAACGGAUUAAUUCUACGUAAAAUUCAUGCUAAUAGCAGCAAUCAUCAAACUAUUAAGAUUGGCCUAGAAUAA